CUUCCGCUGCAGGAGGGCCAGGCAGCCGUCAUCAAUCCCCUCUGGGAGGACCCUGCCCUUCCCUAGAAGGAGCAGGAGAAAAUGACCAAGUUUCAGGAGAUGGUGACAUUCAAGGAUGUGGCUGUGGUCUUCACUAGGGAGGAGCUGGGGUUGCUGGACCUUGCCCAGAGAAAGCUGUACCAAGAUGUGAUGCUGGAGAACUUCAGGAACCUGCUGUCAGUGGGCUAUCACCCCUUCAAACUAGAUGUGAUACUACAGUUGGGAAGAGAAGACAAGCUUUGGCUGAUGGAGACAGAAAUCCAAGGAGAUGGCUGUUCAGGACACAGGAAUCAAAAGGAGAUAGAUACCCUUCAAGAAGUAAGAUUAAGAUUCCUUUCAUAUGAAGAACUUAUAUGCUGGCAAAUAUGGGAACAAUUUACAAGUAAAUUAACCAGUAAUCAAGACUUCAUAAUAAAUCUUCAAGGUCAGAUGUCCAAGUUGCUAAAACAAGGUGAUUCCCUCUGUCAGGUGUGGACAGGAGAAUCUAUUCAGGUCUCUGAAGAUGAGAACUAUACAAUAAAGGGGCAAGGGGAGAGUUCAAAUAGCAUCAAAAAUCAAGAGCUUCCAAUGAGGACCACCUGGGAUUUCUGGAGGAAAAUGUAUCUGAGAGAACCACAGAAUUAUCAGAGUAGGUGUCAGCAAAUUGAUGUAAAAAAUAAUCUCUGUAAAUGUGAUCAUUGUGUUAGGCAAAGGAUUGCUCAUCAACAUGAUGGUCAUGCAGUACACAAAAGAGAGAAAGCUUUUAGCCACAAUAAUUGUGGAAAAGACUGUGUGAAGGAAUCAUCCCAGCAUAGCAUAAUCCAAUCAGGAGAGCAAACCUCUAAUGAGAAUGGAAAAGGCUUCAGUGUUGGCUCUCAUCUUGAACUUCACCAGCAACUACACUUAGAAGACAAGCCUCAUGUAAGUGUCGAGUAUGGGAAGGGCAUAGGUUACAGCUCAGGGCUUCCCAGGCAUCAAUGCGUCCACAUAGGAGAGAAAUGCUAUCAGAAUGGUGACAGUGGUGAGGGCUUCAGUCAGGGCUCACAUCUGCAACCUCAUCAGAGAGUCAACACAGGAGAGAACCUCUACAGAUGUCAGGUAUGUGCCCAGAGCUUCAACCAGAACUCCUGUCUUCCCUCUCAUGAGCUUACUCACCCAGGAGAGAAGUUGUGUACAUGUGGCAGGUGUGGGAAGGGCUUCCAUCAUAGCUUAGAUUUUGACACUCACUGUGUAGAUAGUGCUGGGGAGAGAGCCUGUAAAUGUGAUGUAUAUGAUAAAGGCUUCAGUCAGACAUCACAACUUCAAGCCCAUCAGAGAGGUCACUCUAGAGAGAAGACAUACAAAUGGGAAGUAAGUGACAGGAUAUUUAAUAGGAAUUCUGGUCUUCAUCAGAGAGUUCACACUGGAGAGAAACCAUAUAAAUGUGAGGUAUGUGAUAAGGGCUUCAGUAAGGCCUCAAAUCUUCAAGCCCAUCAGAGAAUCCACACUGGAGAGAAACCCUACAAAUGUGAUGUGUGUGAUAAGAACUUCAGCCGUAAUUCCCACCUUCAGGCCCAUCAGAGAGUCCAUACAGGAGAGAAACCCUACAAAUGUGACACAUGUGGGAAGGACUUCAGUCAGAUCUCUCACCUUCAGGCCCAUCAGAGAGUUCACACAGGAGAGAAGCCAUACAAAUGUGAGACAUGUGGGAAGGGCUUUAGCCAGAGUUCGCAUCUCCAGGACCAUCAGCGAGUCCAUACUAGAGAGAAACCCUACAAAUGUGAUGUGUGUGGGAAAGGCUUCAGUUGGAGUUCACAUCUUCAAGCCCAUCAGAGAGUCCACACAGGAGAGAAACCAUACAAAUGUGAAGAAUGUGGGAAAGGCUUCAUCUGGAACUCAUAUCUUCAUGUUCAUCAGAGGAUCCAUACGGGAGAGAAACCCUAUAAAUGUGGCAUGUGUGGUAAGAGCUUCAGUCAGACCUCACAUCUUCAAGCCCAUCAGAGAGUCCAUACUGGAGAGAAACCAUACAAAUGUUUUGUGUGUGGUAAGGGCUUUAGUAAGAGUUUGUCUUCAGAUUCAUCAGAGAGUCCAUGAUGGUGAUAAAUCCAUUAAUCAUGAUGAGUGUGAUAGAGGUGCUCUUCAAGACUUAGACUUCUCAUUUUCCUAGAAAAUCCGCACAGCAGAGAAUAUUUAUGAAAUGUCAUGUUUUAAGAAUUCAUGAGUGAGCUGAGUUUUUAUAGUCAUCUGAAUUCCAUUGAAGAAAACCUAUUUUUUGUAUGAAUAUGACCAGUUUCAAGCAGAGCUCAAAAUGUCACAGUUGUCAAGAGAACACAAAACAGAGAAACCCUAUAAAGAAUGAUACAAUACAUUUCAAUCAGAACCUUCACAUUCAAUAAGCAAUAUGCAGGAGUGAAGACUUCAAAAUGAUAAGGUCAGAACUUUAGCAAAAGUAUAAUGAGGGACAUGACGAAAUCUGUGUCCACUAGAAUCUAAGCUCCAUGCAGGAACACUGUUUGCUGCUGUAUAAUCGUGACCUUGAACCAGUACCUAACAAAUAGUGGCUUCCCUGGAAUUAACUUGAUAGGAAAAAUCUAUCAUAUAUAGGACAUAUAUUUGAACAUUUUAGUGAGCUCAGCCCCAAUUCGUCAUUAUAAUUGUACUGGGAAAAGGAUUCUUGCAAGAAGUCUUAAAAUAAAUUCAAGGAAAUGACAUUUAAUUAAAACACAGAAAACCAUGCAGUCUACAAUUUGAGUAAUAUUUUAGCAAUUGGCUUCUGUCCUCAGUUCGGCUUCAUUUUUCAAGCAGUAACAGGCCAAAGUUUCUAUCUGAUCAUUUAAGACUUUUUCCACACAGUGUACAGCUGUGCUAUGUUUCUUUGGUGGGGGCUUUUGUGAUAGAAACAGACUGAAUUAAGAAAAAAAUCCCAACUGGUUUUUAGUUCCAUAAAGCUUCAUGAGAAAGGUUUUGCAAAAAAGGGGAACAUCAUAUAGCAUGCAUUUUAGAUGUCAGACUAACCUGUUAAGGACACAGCAUUUUGGACAACGCCCCACACUUCUCAGACAUCAUUACACAUUAUGCAGUGUGUAAUGAUCAAAUCAUAGUAAUUGGAUGAAGGGUUUACUCAGGUGUAUAUUUAGUGGAGGUGGGAGAAAGUUUCCCACUGGUUUUUUUUGUCCUGAACCUUACCUUCCAGGACAAUGAGUACUUAAGUUCCAUGAUAUCUUGUUUCAUGCUACCAUCAGAAAUACAGGGCCAAUAAAUGAAAAAGAAAAAAUAAAUAAAAAAGAUAAAAACAAAAAAAGAAAUACAGGGCCAAUAAUGCUCUGCUUUGUCACCACCAGAUUACUAGGGUGGGCUGCUGGAGCUCAUGGUUGUUUAAAUCAAGAUGUUUUCAAUUGUGAGAAAUAGAAAGUCACACUCCAACUAG